AUGCAUCGUCCUGCCAAACCGACACGUCUCAACACGCCUCCACCGGCCAAGUGGACUUCACGAAACUCUCACGUGCACAACCACGCGACCCUCAUCCAUGCAUCGAUCCACCUGCGGUCUCUGUACCGUCGGCUUGAGGCCUACAGCGUUGCGGUGAGGUUCGACAUGGCCAAAAACGCCGUUCGAGAGGUGAUUUGCAUCCACAUUGGACAGGCGGGAGUACAGAUUGGCAAUGCCUGUUGGGAGCUGCUUGGACUGGAGCACGGCGUUCGACCUGACGGCUUCUAUUACGAUGGCUACGAGCCCACAGACAGCUCAUUUCUCACCUUUUACAAUGAAACUGGUCAUGGCAAAUUUGUGCCUCGGUCCGUCUUCAUCGACUUGGAGCCAACUGUAGUCGAUGAAAUUCGAUCUGGUUACUAUCGCCAACUCUUCCAUCCCGACAGUUUGAUUACAGGAAAGGAGGAUGCAGCUAACAACUUUGCACGAGGAUUCUACACUGUUGGCGAGUUGAUUGUCAACAAUGUGCUGAAUCAGAUUCGCAAGACUGUUGAAACGUGUCACAUGUUUCAGGGAUUUAUUGUCUUUCACUCCCUUGGUGGAGGCUCGGGGUCUGGUUUCUGCUCCCUCCUCAUUCAACACCUGUCCGAGGACUAUCGUAAAAGCACCAAAAUUGAAUUGUGUGUCUACCCCUCACCGCGUCUAGCCUCGGCUGUUGUGGAGCCUUACAACGCCGUUCUCACUACCCACUCGUGCAUUGAACUCUCUGAGGUCUGCUUUCUCAUGGAUAAUGAGGCGGUGUGGGAUAUUUGUCGUCGCAAUCUCGAUAUUCGUCGUCCCACCUUCACCAACAUCAAUCGCAUUCUUGCACAAAUUAUCUCCUCUCUCACCGCAGCUCUGCGAUUUGAAGGUCAGUUGAAUGGAGACUUGACGGAGUUUCAAACCAACCUUGUGCCCUAUCCUCGGAUUCACUUCCCUCUCAUUACCUUCGCACCCAUUGUGGCUGCAGACAAGGCGUAUCACGAAACCAACUCCGUUGAUCAGAUUACUAAGGCCUGUUUUGAGCCAGCAAAUUCCUUUGUCAAAAUAGAUCCUCGACUAGGCAAAUACAUGGCGGUGUGUCUCCUCUACCGAGGUGAUGUGGAUCCAGCCAGUGUUAAUUCGGCCACCUCGGCUAUAAAGUCAGCCAAUUCAAUCCACUUUGUGGAUUGGAGUCCCACCGGCUUCAAAGUGGACAUCAACAGUCAACCGACAGCCACUGUGCCGGGUGGAGAUUUGGCACGAGUUAUGCGAACAUGUUGUAUGCUUGCCAACAGUACAGCUAUUGGUGAGGCUUUUAUUCGAAUUGACAGAAAAUUUGACUUAAUGUUCAAAAAGCACGCUUUUGUCCACUGGUUUGUGGGAGAGGGCAUGGAGGAGGACGCCUUUUUGACCGCACGUCAAGAUUUGGCCGCAUUGGAGCAAGACUACGAGGAGGUGGGCUUCGACACCAAAACGGAGUAG